CGCAGCGGCCGUAGCAGUUUAAAUUUUAAAUUUUAGUCUCAAUUAGAUUGUUUUUUUUUUUUCAGUCUUUCAAUACUUACGAUACGCUCUGUCGGCCAUAUUGUUUCGCAUAUGAAUAAGUACACGAGCAUUUUUCGUAUAAUUGUUUUUUUUUUUUCGUAUUAGUUCGUUUUUAAAUCUUAGUUCCUAUUAUAUUUUUUUUUUUUUUUCGAAAAUUCUAAAAAAAAAAAAACACUGUCCUAAAUGAACGCGGAUAGGUACGUUUUAUUGUUCGCGUAACCAAAGGGCACGCGCGCCCCUAUUAUAAAUUAUUAUAUAUUAAAACGCAAUAGAUUGUUUUAAAUUUAGAUAAAAACAAAAAUUCAAACCGUACGAAAAUGAAAUACUGGACGACGAUAUUGUGCGUGACGUUCGUCCUGAUCAAAUUAAACGUAAGUCCAGCAUUACGACCGUUCGUUUUUCUUUGACACCAAUAUUCGCCCCCUCCCCCCAUAUAUAUUCCUCCGUCUCCCCUUUGUUGUGCGUUUUGUGUAUACGUAUUAUUGGGAUUCCGUUACACUAACCGUUGAUUGAUUUUUCGUUUUACAGGGGAUAAACGGCCAUUUUUCGUACCAGACGUACGCCGAUAAUAGUUACGGCCAUAACGUGCAUCAUCUCGGAAAACAUAACGGCGCAAGUCCGUUAUUCGUCAAGACCAUCGUUAACCUUUUGAGAUUCUUGUCCGCUCAUCCAAAGCUCGUGCAAAAAUCCCAUCCAUCGGUCAUCAUUCAAAUACUGACUCAUUUGUCAUCGAAGCCGGCCUUGUUGGCUGCUGUGCCCCAAACAGAUUUAGAGAAUUUUAUGUCCUUGGUGUUCGGGACGCCGAAUCUGGUAAACAACAUACCGGAAUCACUGCUUAUUUCGCUGAUCAGUUCGGCGACCAUAACGUCACCCGGUCUGUUCGGGCUGCCUGCGAAUCAACAACCGAUAAGCGAUUUCAGCCCGUAUUAUACUUACGUUGGCGGCGAUUUUCAAACCAAUCCGCAAGCGGAUCAAAUUACAUUCGUACCGCUACCGCCUACCGCAUAUCCGCGACAUCCGCAAACGCCGGUUGUACCGUGCCCACCGAAAACGUCCGCCGUACCGGGCGUUUCCGUCGUUAAAGAAGUGGGAGUUUCGGUGAUUCCCCAGCCUGGAUCAAUCGGCGGCGUUCAGGCGGUGGCCGAUGUGGCCGCCGGGGUCUCUUUGCCGACCGCCGGUGGAGUUCCGCAGCCGCCACAAACGCCCGCGGUACCGGGCGUUUCCGUCGUUAAAGAAGUGGGAGUUUCAGUGAUUCCCCAGGCUGGAUCGGUUGGCGGCGUCCAAGCGGUGGCCGAUGUGGCCGCCGGGGUCUCUUUGCCGACCGCCGGAGGAGUUCCACAACCGCCACAAACGCCCGCGGUACCGGGCGUUUCUGUCGUCGAAGAAGUGGGAGUUUCAUUGAAUCCCCAGCAAGGAUCGGUUGGCGGCGUCCAAGCGGUCGCCGAUGUAGCCGCCGGUGUGUCUUUCCCACAAACGCCCGCGGCGCCGUGCGUCCCACAAACGCCCGCGGCGCCGUGCGUCCCACAUACGCCCGAGGCGCCGUACGUCCCGCAGCCACCCGCAGUGCCGUACGUCCCGCAGCCACCCACGGUGCCGUACGUCCCGCAGCCACCCGCAGUGCCGUACGUCCCGCAGCCACCCGCGCCGCCGUGCGUCCCACAAUCGUCCGGACCCGCCACGACCGGAACAGGGACUGUAGCGGGCGUAGAUAUUCCGAACGCCAUAAAAACGAACGGGAUAAAAUUGUUGUUAGACGCCAUAUCCCAGGGAAAACCGAUCAUCCCGUUAACAACGGUGCACGAAAAACUCACGCCCAUCAUAAAGAAAUUCCAGACCACGGGAACGGCGUUACACCAACAUAAACAAUUACUGCACGAAAAACUAACCGAUUUAUUGAACAAGCAUCACUCCGCGCUGCCCGGUAAACAUCCGUAUUGACCGUGUUCAGUUUUAUGUCGUAAACGUUCUUAAUUUAUUGUUUUUAUUUAUUUUUUUUUUUUUUUCUAAACUCGUCCGAAAUGUUACGCGUUCAAGCGUGUACGCGACUAGAUUAUAAUGUUGUGUGUACUUUAAACAUGCCUAACCAGUGGCGUAUUCGGGGGGGGG